AAGUGAAUGAAGAUUCAAAAUCUUUUGACGAUGAACAAUUAAAUGAAGUUUCAAAAUUUUUUAACAAUAAAAAAGUAAAUGAAGAUUCAAAAUCUUUUAACAAUAAAGAAGAUUCAAAAUCUUUUGACGACGAAAUGAAUGAAAAUUCGAAGUCUUUUGAUGACGAAGAGAUUAAUGAAGAUUCGAAAUCUUUUGACAGUUCUUUUGAUGACGAAGAGAAUAAUGAAGAUUCGAAAUCUUUUGACAAUGAAAAAUUAAAUGAAAAUUGGGUGUCUACUAAUCAAGAACUUAUUAAGAAUUCUUUUGCAUAUAACGAAGACAGAGAAAAAUAUUCUAAUAAUGACUUAAAAACAGACAAUAUUGAAUUUGUUUAUAAGAAUAGUUUUUUAGAUAAAGAAGAAAAUGUUAUUAAAGGUACUAAUAGCAAUUAUUUCGAAUAUAUCAAAAGUAACUAUAAUAAAAAUAAUAAUAAAUUAGCAAAUAAUAAAUAUGAAGAAUAUCCUAAAUCAGAAGACAAUGGCGUUGUUAUUGAUGAAUACGAGAGAGAUCCUGAUAAUAAAGAUAUAAACAUGGAUGAUUUUGAACAUGAAAUAUCUAAUUAUGACAAAAGACCUUCUGAAAAGAACCCAAUUAUGAAAUCAAAAUAUUCAAUUCAAUGGGUUGUCCUCCGAAAUUCUGAUAUAACUAAUUCAUCUGAAGUAAUGAUUUAUCUGAACAAAAUAGGUCGAGAAUUUCACUUAACUAAACCAA